AUGCCAUUUACACAUCACAGCCACUCUGGCCAGUUCUGCGAAGGCCAUGCCAGAAACUCCCUUGAGGAGGUUAUUCAAACUGCUUUAGCAAAGAAAAUGCGCGUAAUCGCGUUAAGCGAGCACAUGCCGCGAGAGCAACAGGACUUUUAUCCAGAAGAAAUUGAAGCAAAUGGAACCGAGGCGGGUCUAAUCGCAAAUGAAGCAGCAUAUUUCAAAGAAGCUCAACGUCUCCGGGAAAAGUAUGUCUCCAAGAUAAAUAUCCUAAUUGGAUUCGAGAGUGACUGGAUUCGUCCAUCGUCGCUGAAGUGGAUUCGAGAGUCGUUAGCCCGGUUUCCAUUCGACUUCUUCGUAGGAUCUGUUCACCAUGUCCACACCGUCCCCAUUGAUUUUGAUACCCAAUUUUAUCACAAGGCAAGGGAGAUUGCUGGGGGCACGGAUGAGAAGCUAUUCGGCGACUAUUUUGAUGCUCAAUUGGCUAUGCUCAGAGCAAUUAAACCCCCAGUCGUUGGCCAUUUCGAUCUUAUCCGAUUGAAGAGUGAUGACCCUGAACGAAGCUUUAAACAAUGGCCAGGGAUCUGGAAAAAGAUCCUGAGAAAUUUAGAUUAUGUGGCAGAGUACGGAGGACUUCUUGAACUCAAUUCAGCAAGUCUGAGGAAGGGGAUGAGCGAGCCGUAUCCCAAGGCUGAGAUCUGCCAGGAAUUUCUUGCUAGAAAUGGCCGCUUUUGUCUAUCAGAUGACAGCCACGGCGUUGACCAGGUUGCACUCAACUACCAUCGUGUGCUCGACUUCAUCGAAGAAGUUGGCAUAACUACCCUGUAUAGCUUGGAGUAUUGCAGCGAUGGGCUGCCGCCAUCAAGCAGUUUCGACCCAAGAUUCCCCCGCACGCGUCUAAACUCGGUCGAUCUUGCAAAUCUCAAGCAGCUGGAAUUCUGGUCAUAA